AUGGCAAUUUGUUAUAGAACAAUUAAUAUUGAAAUAGAAAACAAGUGUAUUUAUUUAUUAUGUAGCAUCUAUGACCCUCGUUCUUCAAUUAUGCCUUUUAGAGAUGGUGGUCAUUUAAUCUGGUGUAUUGUUUUUGAAAAACUUGCAAAUACUCAGUUUCGUGUUACAUAUUUACUUAAUUGUGUUGUUAUUCCUUGGCUUCAUGAAACAAACGUAGAUAUUGCCUUACAAAGACAAAUGAUGUUUUUAACACGGUUUUUCAAAACUUUAGUUGAUCUUCCAUCCAAUAUAUCUGAUGUUCCUGAAUCAAUUGCAGUAGAACGAAAUGGGUAUGAACAUGUUCUUCCUGAAAGACCAUUGAAUGGAACUCUUGUUUGGGAUAAAGAAAAUACUCGUAUUUCAUUAUUAUCAAGAAACAAAUCAGAAGCAUCAUAUAUUCUUCAUGGAUCAUUUGAAAUAAUUAGUAAAAGAAGGUUUACAAGAGAGUCAUUAGUUUCAAUGGUUUUUGGUAAAAGAUGUCAUUUUAUCAAAUCACUUGGAGAUGGUUCAACAAUAGUUCAUAAAGAGCCUUAUAAAGAUAUUUCUUCUGACCAUCUUAAAAUUUCAUUAUGGAUUUAUGGGUCAGUAUGUUCUUUAAUUCAUUUUCAUUCAAUUCACUCACCAAUGUGUAGAUUUGCUCAUUCACAAUUAUCUGACCAUAAAAGAGUAUUUUUCUUUCAAAACGCUUAUGUAUUUUAUUCAAGAGAUGAAAAUAAUACUAUUAAAAUUCAAUAUAAUUUGGAUAUUACAGUAAAAGAAGAAACGAUGGAAGAUACUCAAUCAUCUCUUAAAGUGUUUAUUGAAUUUUUAGAAAAUAUGAAAGAAUUUCAUUAUGAACCAACUGAAAGUGAAACUUCUUCAGAAAAUGAAGAAAAAAAAUCACCAUCAUUAAAGAUUGAAUUAGAAAAAUAUGGACCAGAUGAACAUUCAUUCUUUCCUCAACUACCUAUUACUGCAUUAAAAAAAAUAUGUGAAUAUUUAGAUGAAAAAAGUGUUAAUUCUCUUAAAUUUUGUAACAAACAUUUAAUGCAAUUAAUUGGAACAAUGAUUAAGUUUGGAAACGAUAUAUCUUCAAGUGAAGAAAGAAAAGAAACAUCAGUGAAAUCAGUGAAAGAUGUUUUAAAUUCUACAGAAAUUGAAGAUAAAAUAACAACAGAAACCAACAAAAAUAAGUGUAACUCUUGUAAGUUAAAUUAUGAAAGUCAUAACACUACUAGUAUAAAUACACAAAUUAAUAAAUUCACCAAUAAAACCAAUGAUACAAAUAAUAUUCAACCAAAAAUUUAUGAAGGACAUACAAAUAUAAUUAGAAGUGUAGAUAUUCAUAGUUUUAGUAAAGCUAUAGUUACUGGGUCUUCUGAUAGAAAAGUUAGACUUUGGAAAUAUAACUCAAAAGAAAAUUCACAAGUGUUCAUUGGUCCAAAUUCAAGUUUAGUUACCACAAGAUUUGUAGAUGAUUAUAUUGUAGUUGCAUAUAAAUGUGGAACAGUAAAAUACAUCCAUCAAACAAAUCCAAAAAGUAGUCUUGUAUUUGAUGUUCCUGAUGGAAAAAUGGAAGGGCUUUAUCCAUUAAAAAGAACACGAUUUUUAACAUGGAAUGAAAGAGUUCAAAUUGUAACUUAUGAAGACUUUAAAAGAAAUAUUGAAUUUACAUAUGAUGGACACGUAAGAAAGAUAAGUGUAUCCAGACCAUUAAAUGAUUGGUGUUUUAUUAGUGGUUCAGCCGAUAGAACAGUUCAUUUAUGGGAUAUUAGAUCAUCAUCUCCUAUGUUAACAAAAUAUAGACCUCACAAAUCAGGAAUUACUUUAUUAGAAACGUUAAAUGAUUUUCAGUUUGCUACUGUUGGGAAUGAAAAAAUUAUUUGUUUGUGGGACUCAAGAAAAUUAGACCAUUAUUUUGCUAGUUCACCAAACAACACAUGUGCCCUUGAUGUUAGAGAUAAUUCUAUUAUAUGUGGAGUUGAUGGUGGAUUAAUUCAAAUCCUUGAUUAUAAAGGGGUUUUAAGAAGAUCUCUUACUUGUGGAGAUUCUGUUGAUAUUAGUUCAGUAACAAUGAGCAACCAUGUAGUUGCAGUUGGUAGCAAGAGUGGAAAACUAUAUGUAUUUGAUGAAGUGUAUUAUUGA